CAUCAAAACCUUCUCCAUUCUCUCACUUAUUUUUCAAUAACAACAACAACAUGGCUUCUCCCUCUCCCAAUCCCUCCCCACAACAACAAGUAAAAGUUCUCCCAGUCUCAAACCCUAAUCAAAUUACCACCGAAACGCAACAACCGCAAUCCGCAUUCCGCUUCCUCCUCUCACUAGCCUCGGAUUCCCUCCGGCAGAGGCUCUCGAACCGGCGGCCGUGGCCGGAAGUCCUGGACCGCAGCGCCAUCUCGAAGCCCUUAUCGUUCUCCGAAGCCACGGUCCGCAUCCGCCACAACAUCUCCUACUUCCGCAUCAACUACUACAUCGUUGUCACGCUCAUCCUCGCUGUGUCCCUCCUCACUAGCCCCUUCUCCCUCGUCCUUCUCCUCGCCCUCCUCGCCUCCUGGCUCUUCCUCUACCUCCUCCGCCCCAACGACCGCCCCCUCCAGCUCCUCGGCCGCACCUUCUCCGACUUCGAGACGCUCUCCCUCCUCCUAGCCACCACCUUCAUCUUUUUGUUCCUCUCCCCUCUUGGCUCCCUCCUCGUCUCCGCCUUCACAGUCUCCGUCGCCCUCGUCGCCGCGCACGCCGCCCUCAGGGUCCCCGAGGACCUCUUCCUCGACGAGGGCGACACGUCCCAGCCCGCCGGGUUCCUGUCCAUCCUCCGCGCCGCUGUCGCCGUCCCUCCUCCCGCCGCACCGCCCAUCCCCGCCCACGGCUGAUUCAAGCUUCUCUUUUAAGCUGAACCGCUUCUUCUUGUAUCAUGAAAGUUUUCUUCUUCUUUUUGUUAUUUAAGGUUUUCCUUUGUUAACCUGCAUGAUUGACAAGUUGUUUUAUACGUGGGCUGCAUGUUAGGAAUUUGUAUACGUUUUGUUCUUUUAUUUUG